UGGCUUUCCUUUUUUUUCCUCGACGGAGUAGGCUCCAGCCAUCGCAUUUCAUCGCGCCGUGGGAUUCUUACUUGCACUUGCCGCUUCGGUCCCAGCCCCUCCCCCCCCACCCUCACAUUGGCCCCCUCACUAUAGUACGCACUGAUAGAUAUACUCCCUUUGUUCCCCUCGCCCACUCGAACCUGUCCCCGCUUUUCAGUGAAGUGAAGACCCAGUUCCUUACUCGUCGCGCCCUCUACACCGCAUCGCCGCCUCCUCUACGAUGUGCUGCAUCCCCUUCGCGCACCUCUGGUCGUGCUGCUGCGACCGGCGGAAGAUCCUCGAAGACGCCGCCUCUCCCCCCCGCUCACGCUCGAAAUCGCGCACGCGCAAACCGAAGUCACUGAAGCACCACCGCAACACGCGCGUGCGGAUCGCGCGCGACACCGGCGCCUCCAGCGUCUCCGCGCGCCGCAGCCAAACCAGCACUCACCGGCGCCAUUCCUACAACCCCGAGAAGCGCAGUCGGUCGCGCUCAGUCGGCGCGGACGCCGACGGACGCAUUCGCAGCAGCCAUUCCCACAGCCACAGCCACCGCCGGUCGCGCUCGGGGGUGGAUGGCGCCACAGCCGGCGCCGCUGCGACGGAUUUGAGUGUCAGCGAGCGUGCGCGCGCGGAGAAGAGAGCGCGCCGCAGGAGUGGGAGUAACGUGGAUGGCCGCGCGGCCGCCGAGCGCGCGCUGAGCGGGGUUACAGGGUUCACGACGUCGACGGACUCGCAGCACCGGCGUGCGAAGGUUAGCGCGGCGAACUCGCAUCUGGGGUAUGGAGAGAGUCAUCUUGGAGAGAAACGGCAUUCGACGGCAAGAAGGGGAAGUCAUGACGAUAGCGGGUAUCGCACUGAGGAGAGGAGGGCGUCGUCUGGGCGCGCGAGUGCGGCGACCGCGGCGAAUAGGAGGGAUCUGGAGACUGAGUAUAGGCCGAGGGCUGUCAACGGCAAUGUUACCACGGAGCAGGAUUCGCGCGCGGGGAUUUUGAAGGGGAGAAUCGUCAAUAUGCUCGGGAAACGGAAUCACGGCGCUGGCCGCGAGGAGGUGGUAGUGGUGGAGCGACCGAAGUCGUCGCGCUACAGGACCAGGACCGACGAGGCGGCGGCCGGGUACGCUAUCGGCGGGCAGAACGGGAACGGAAACGACGUGCGCGCGGGGAUGGUCAACAUGCUCGAUCACGACACGGAACAUAGCGGUGGGAUGGGCGCGGGGAGACGCAACUCGAGGAAGGACGCGGCGCAUCGGCAUCGGAGCAAGGGUGAAGUCUCCGAAAUCACGGCCGGUGUCGCCACAAUGGUUGGCCACGAAAGCAGCCGGGGCGGUAGCAGUGGCGAACGGAAACAUGGCGGUCAUCGGCACAGGAGUAAGAGUGAUGCCAUGGAUCCCCGUGCGAACAUGGUCAACAUGCUCGACCACGACGACGACGACGAUCAUGAUGGGGGGGAUAGGAGGAGUGCUGCUGCGACCAGCAAGCUUUCGCGGUCAAAGUCCGCCAGUCAUAGGUCUUCGAGGGGAGGAGGUCAUCGUUCUUCUGCCGUGAAUGCCGCCGAAGCCACAGGGUCCAAUGGCGACGUCCUCCGGCGCAGGUCAGCCAGAAAGAAGCCGAUCCUCCUUGAAGACGUCGACCCGAACUACCACAACCCGGACGACGAUACUGACAAGGAGUACGUCGUGUCGUCCGAUGAUGCCUACAUCGAUGGCAUGCAGAAGCCACGUCCGGCGGCGGCGAAGACGCGGAAGAAGGCGGCGGCGGGAUCGGCUAGCAAGGGGAGUGUGGGAAUGUCGCGCGCAGACUCGAAAUCGAAUGGAGAAGCAUCGCGGACGGAAGUUUCGUCCGAGGCCCGACGGCGACGGGCGAAAUCUACAAAAAAACAAAAAAAUAAAGCGACAUCUACGGGAGCUGAGACCAAAGGCGCAGCAGUUGCGACAGCGCAAGUAACGCUUACUACUCCCACUCCUCCUGAUACCACCACCACCACUACUGCCCACCGGAACCCCGGACUCACCCGCCAACAGGCGCAGGCCGCCGAUCCACGCUCCAGGACCGAAUACAUGCUAUUCGACGUCAAAAAACUCGCCGCGGAGGCACUGCACCGGGCCGGGCAUCCAACGACGGCACGCCUACCACACAACCGACACGACGACGACCGCCGUGGCCUCAUCCGCCGUAUUGAUAACACGGCCAACCUUCACCUACCGCGAAGACAGUCCCCUCCCACAGACUGAAGCGGAUCACUACGCCACCCUCACCUCCUUCAUCUCGCGCUCUCACCUGCAGGCACUAUUCCCAUCCACCAACCCUCACCCUCGCCAGAUAGCACGCAAAGCCGCCGCGGACUGCGCU